CACAGCAUUAACAUUCAGUGGGAAUACAGUGAAAAUCUGAUUCCAACACUGGCAUUGCUGGGGCUUGUAACCAAUUUUUUCUUUUACUUUGCAAAAGUUUCUGAUGGGCGGAGCAUCUAGUAAUCCCUUUCAUUCCCAAACUGUGUCUCACUUCCUGCUCUAAUCACAACUUUUAGCAGAAGAGCAGCUGACAUAGUGUAAGCAGUGUCGGCUAUUAAAUGUGCCCCUAAACGAUCCUCAAAAUGAGAUUUCCAGCACAGAUUGUUUGGCUUAUGUGGUGGACUGUUUGUGUUGCAGAAGAUUGUAAAGGACCUCCUCCAAGAAAACAAACUGAAAUUUUGUCAGGUGUCUGGUCUGAACAAAACUAUCCAGAGGGAACUCAGGCUACAUAUAAAUGCCGACCUGGAUAUAUAACUCUUGGAUCUAUUGUAAUGGAAUGCAAGAAUGGAAAAUGGGUGGCUCUUAAUCCACUGAAAAUAUGUGAGAAAAGGCCCUGUGGACAUCCUGGAGAUACAUCUUUUGGUACUUUUCAACUUGAAAGAGGAGAAAAGUUUGAAUAUGGUGCAAAGGUUGUUUACACAUGUAAUGAGGGGUAUCAGAUGCUCGGUAGCAUCAAUUUCCGUGAGUGUGAAUCUGAUGGAUGGACCAAUGAUGUUCCUAUAUGUGAAGUUGUUAAGUGUUUACCAGUGACACAUCCAGAGAAUGGGAGAUUGACCAGUAGCGCAUUGGAACUAGACAAGGAAUAUACUUUUGGACAAGUAGUACGGUUUGUGUGCAAUUCAGGCUUCAUGCUUGUUGGGCCUGCAGAAAUACAUUGCUCAACAAAUGGUGUGUGGAGUGGAGAAAGCCCAAAAUGUGUGGAAAUUUCCUGCCAAAAGCCAGAAAUCGCAAAUGGAAAUGCUGCAUCUCUGAAGAAAACUUACAAGGAAAACGAACGAUUUCAAUAUACAUGUCACCAGGGUUAUGAAUACAGUAGUAAAGGAGAUGCCAUAUGCACAGCAUCGGGAUGGACUCCAACCCCUUCAUGUAAAGAAUUCUUAUGUCCUUCUCCUAAUAUUCAAAAUGGUGACUACACGCCCCAAAGCAUCAGAUACAGAAGUGGAGAUGAAAUCACAUAUAAUUGUAAACCUGGCUUUUAUCCUUCAAACCGAGAAAAAAUGGCAACAUGUACUAAAACUGUCUGGGUACCUCAGCCAAGAUGUGAGAAACGUUGUGAUUUUCCAGAAAUAAAACAUGGACUACUACACAAUGAAUAUAACUAUAGACGAGACUUUCCAGUAUCUGUAGGAAAAAAAUAUUACUAUUCCUGUGACCACAAUUUCGUGACAGAUAAAAAACAGAACGGGGGAUAUAUUCAUUGCACACAAGAAGGAUGGUCACCAGCAGUACCGUGCCGCAGACAAUGUAUUUUUAAUUAUUUGAUAAAUGGAGAAUAUCCAUAUCCAGCAAAAAUGUAUUUCCAAGGUGACUCUGUAAGUGUUAACUGCUAUGCUGGCUACAGUCUUCAAAAUGAGCAGACUGUAAUGACCUGUACAGAAGAUGGCUGGGUGCCUGCUCCCGAAUGCCUUCCUCCUGGGAAUCGUUGUGAUUUUCCAGAAAUAAAACAUGGUAGUCUACACCAUGAAAGUAACUAUAGACAAAACUUUCCAGUACGCGUAGGAGAAAAAUAUUGGUAUUCCUGUGAUCAAAAUUUUGUGACUGUUUCACAAAAGCCCUGGGAACAUAUUCAUUGCACACAAGAAGGAUGGUCACCAGCAGUACCAUGCCGCAGACAAUGUAUCUUCAAUCAUUUGAAAAAUGGAGAGUAUCCAAAACAAGGAGUUAAAUAUGUACAAGGUGAAAAUGUAAGCGUUAACUGCAAUUCUGGCCACAGUCUUCAAAAUGAGCAGACUGUAAUGACCUGUACAGAGGAUGGCUGGUUCCCUCCUCCUGAAUGCAUUCCUCUCAAAACAUGUUCAAAAUCAGAGAUAACAAUUGAAAAUGGAUUUUUUUCUGAAUAUGAACCUACAUAUUCCUUAAAUAAAGAAACACAGUAUCAAUGUAAACCAGGAUAUGUAACACCAGAUGGUAAAACUUCAGGACCGGUUACAUGUCUGGAAAGUGGAUGGUCACCUCAACCCGCAUGUAUUAAAUCUUGUGACAUGCCAGUAUUUGAGAAUGCCAAAGCCAAAAGCAAUGGCACGUGGUUUAAACUCAAUGACAAGUUGGACUACGAAUGCCACGAUGGAUACGAAAGCCAAGAUGGGCGCGCAGGUUCAAUAGUGUGUGAGAAUGAUGGUUGGUCUCAUAAACCAGUAUGUUAUGAAAUAGAAUGCAAGAUUCCUGAAAUCGAAGAUACCUUAAAUAUUCAGCCUAAAGAAGACAAAUAUAAAGUCGGAGAUGUGUUGAAAUUCUUCUGCACACAAAGACUUCAAAGAGUUGGACCAGAUUCAGUUCAGUGUUACGACUUUGGAUGGUCCCCUAAUCUUCCAACAUGUAAAGAGCAAACAAAACAGUGUUCUCCACCUUCUCAACUCCUUAAUGGGAAAGUUAAAGAAACACAGAAAGAAAACUAUGAACACAACGAUUUGGUGGAAUAUGUGUGCAAUCCUAGAUUUCUGAUGAAGGGUGUUAAUAAAAUUCAGUGUGUUGAUGGACAGUGGACAGACUUGCCUAUUUGUAUUGAGGUGGAGACUACAUGUGGAGAUAUACCAGAACUUAAUUACGGCUACGCUGUUCAGACUUCUAACCCUCCCUAUCACCAUGGAGAUUCAGUGGAGUUCAAUUGCAGAGAAGGAUUCACAAUGAUUGGACAGAAAUCAAUUACAUGUAUAAGUGGAUUAUGGACCCAACUUCCUCAGUGCAUUGCAACAGAUGAACUUCAGAAGUGUAAAUACAGCUUAACUAUACGUGAGGCGAAUCCAUUAUACAAGACCGAAUUUGAUCAUAAUGAGAACAUAACUUACAAAUGUAGAGGAAAAUUAGAACAGAAACACUCAACGUGCAUAAAUGGAAGAUGGGAUCCUGAACUAACCUGCACAGAAGUACAAAUGCAGUCAUGCCCACCUCCACCUCAGAUUCCCAAUGCUCACAAGAUGGCAACGACGGUAAAUUAUCAGGAUGGAGAAAAAGUAUCUGUUGUCUGUCAAGACAAUUAUAUAAUUCAGGAUGCAGAGGAAAUCGUGUGCAAGGAUGGAAGAUGGCAGUCAAUACCACACUGCGUUGAAAAAAGCCCAUGUCCUCAACCACCUCAGAUAGAACAUGGAACCAUUAAAUCAUCUCAAUUUUCAGAAGAGAUGGACGAACCAUUGAAACCUGAGGUUUAUGUACAUGGCACCAAAUUAAAAUACACUUGCGAGGAUGGUUUCAGGAUAUCUGGAAAAGAUGAGAUAACGUGCCACGUGGGAAAAUGGAGUUCUCCACCUCGGUGUGUAGGACUUUCCUGUGCGCCACCACACUUGAUUCCACAUGGUAUUCUAUCUCACGUAUCAGACAGUUACCAAUAUGGAGAAGAAGUAACGUACAAAUGCACCAAAGGUUUUGAGAUUAAUGGACCUGCAUUCAUAAGAUGUUUAGGAGGAAAAUGGUCCCAUCCACCAGAGUGCAAAAACACGGAUUGUUUUAGCUUACCCGACUUCGGUAAUGCCACACCCAUAGGCCAGAAGAAGACAUUAUAUAGGUCAGGAGAAAAAGUGACUUAUAAAUGUCCAAAUAAUUACCUUUUGGAUGGACCAAAUACUAUCCAAUGUAUUAACAGCCAAUGGAUAGGAAAGCCAAUAUGCAGAGAUAUUUCCUGUGGGAAUCCACCCAGAGUGAAAAAUGCUAUUAUACUGGAUGAGAUGUCUAAGUAUCUACCUGGUCAGAGGGCACGUUAUGAAUGCAUCAUACCUUUUUACCUGGUUGGGGGCAGAGAAGUGACAUGUUCAAAUGGGAACUGGACACAACCACCUCAGUGCCUAGACCCUAAAGAAAAAUGUGGGCCCCCUCCGGCUAUUGACAAUGGAGACAUGACCACAUUCCCAGCAUCAGAAUAUGCUCCAGGGUCAUCUGUUGAGUACCAGUGCCAGUCCUUGUAUGUGCUUGAGGGAAACAAGGUCAUCACAUGCAGAUAUGGACAGUGGUCAGAGCCGCCAAAGUGCUUGGAUGUUUGUAUGGUAUCACAAGAAACCAUGAGAAAACAUAACAUACAAUUAGGAUGGUCUUCUAAGAAAAAGAGAUAUUUCCAAACAAGGGAAACUGUUCAAUUUCAAUGUAAUCCUGGAUCUCGUAGACAGACAUCACAACAAACAUUCCGAGCAACCUGUUGGGACGGGAAACUGACCUAUCCUGUUUGUGUAUCCUUCCUCAGCUCCCUGCACAGAGGCUGCCUCAGUAGCUGUGCUGCGGUAGACACUGGUCGCCAGCACAGUCUGGAUCAAGCGUCCCCACAUGUGGCUGCGUUGGGAGCCAGAAGGGAAAAGGCUGUCUGGCACUGCCCUCCUCUGGGCUCCUCUGACCUUGGCCUUGUCGCUGGGGUGCUUGAGAAGAAAGGCCUCCUAGGUCAGAAGGGCGUGCAGGAGCCAGCCAGUCGCGCAGGCGCAGGGCCGGAGCGGGAAUCCGCCCCGCCUUCCCCGGGCCCCGCCCCCCCGCUUCAGUUCCGGGUCCUGUCAGUAGGGGCGGCCGCGGUCUGGGCAGCGGCCAAAGCCGCGAAGCUGCGCGGCCCGGGUUUCCAGCCGGGCCUCUUUCCCGGCCGGGCCCCAGCAUGGCUGCCCCCAGGGCUGCGGGUCGGGACGGUGCCGCGUUGUCGCGUUCCUGACGGCCCCUGGCGGCUGUGCUCUCCUUCUCUUCCCCAGGCCACUCCAGCAGACAUGUUUGCCAAGGCCUUUCGGGUCAAGUCCAACACGGCCAUCAAGGGGUCGGACAGGAGAAAGCUUCGGGCUGAUGUGAUGGCUGCUUUCCCCACUCUAGGAACAGAUCAGGUCUCUGUGUUGGUACCUGGAAAGGAGGAGCUCAACAUUGUGAAACUGUAUGCUCACAGAGGGGAUGCAGUGACUGUGUACGUGAGCGGUGGUAACCCCAUCCUGUUCGAAGUGGAGAAAACUCUGUAUCCGACAGUGUAUACCUUGUGGUCCUAUCCUGACCUUCUCCCAGGUUUCACGACGUGGCCUCCGGUGCUUGAAAAACUGGUCGGGGGAGCAGAUUUGAUGCUGCCAGGACUCGUGGUGCCCCCUGCUGGUCUGCCUCAGGUACAGAAGGGUGACCUCUGUGCCAUUGCCUUGCUGGGGAACAGAGUACCAGACAGGCAAAUGGACUCCAUGUUCCCAGAGAUCCGGAGAGUGGUCACCCUGUGUGUGGUGAGAGGAGGGCGAGAGGGACUGACUGAAGGGACACCCGGGGCUUCCCUGAGACCUAGUGCUACGCGGUUUCCUGAGCUCGGUGCUGCUGCAGAGGCGUCUUCACCUUCUCGAGAUUCAGCAGACCCUUUGCUUCCCUUCUCUUCAUGCUUAUCGGCUACUGGUCAAGUCUACAUCGAUCCAGUUUUCUUUGCCCAAUCCCUGAUUGUUCUACAACCUUUGCACUUUCCCUUCUUCCCAAUUACGCCUCCCCCUCACCCCACACACCAUUCCUACCUGCCCAGGAUGUCGCUUCAUUCCAAAGAGAAAAAAUUAAUGAACUAUUUUGAUUUAGUAUCUUUGUCGCUUACUUUUUCUGUCCCAGGAAUUUGGAUGAUUCAGAUUUUUCCAGAAACAUGUUCAAAAUCAGAGAUAACAAUUGAAAAUGGAUUUUUUUCUGAAUAUGAACCUACAUAUCCCUUAAAUAAAGAAACACAGUAUCAAUGUAAACCAGGAUAUGUAACACCAGCUGGUAAAACUUCAGGACCGGUUACAUGUCUGGAAAGUGGAUGGUCACCUCAACCCACAUGUAUUAAAUCUUGUGACAUGCCAGUAUUUGAGAAUGCCAAAGCCAAAAGCAGUGGCACGUGGUUUAAACUCAAUGACAAGUUGGACUACGAAUGCCACGAUGGAUACGAAAGCCAAGAUGGGCGCGCAGGUUCAAUAGUGUGUGGGAACGAUGGUUGGUCUCAUAAACCAGUAUGUUAUGAAAUAGAAUGCAAGAUUCCUGAAAUCGAAGAUACCUUAAAUAUUCAGCCUAAAGAAGACAAAUAUAAAGUCGGAGAUGUGUUGAAAUUCUUCUGCACACAAAGACUUCAAAGAGUUGGACCAGAUUCAGUUCAGUGUUACGACUUUGGAUGGUCCCCUAAUCUUCCAACAUGUAAAGAGCAAACAAAACAGUGUUCUCCACCUCCUCAACUCCUUAAUGGGAAAGUUAAAGAAACACAGAAAGAAAACUAUGAACACAACGAUUUGGUGGAAUAUGUAUGCAAUCCUAGAUUUCUGAUGAAGGGUGUUAAUAAAAUUCAGUGUGUUGAUGGACAGUGGACAGACUUGCCUAUUUGUAUUGAGGUGGAGACUACAUGUGGAGAUAUACCAGAACUUAAUUACGGCUACGCUGUUCAGACUUCUAACCCUCCCUAUCACCAUGGAGAUUCAGUGCAGUUCAAUUGCAGAGAAGGAUUCACAAUGAUUGGACAGAAAUCAAUUACAUGUAUAAGUGGAUUAUGGACCCAACUUCCUCAGUGCAUAGCAACAGAUGAACUUCAGAAGUGUAAAUACAGCUUAACUAUACGUGAGCCAAAUCCAUUAUAUGAGAUCGAAUUUGAUCAUAAUGAGAAGAUAAGUUACAAAUGUAGAGGAAAAUUAAAACAGAAACACUCAACGUGCAUAAAUGGAAGAUGGGAUCCUGAACUAACCUGCACAGAAGUACAAAUGCAGUCAUGCCCACCUCCACCUCAGAUUCCCAAUGCUCACAAGAUGGCAACGACGGUAAAUUAUCAGGAUGGAGAAAAAGUAUCUGUUGUCUGUCAAGACAAUUAUAUAAUUCAGGAUGCAGAGGAAAUCGUGUGCAAGGAUGGAAGAUGGCAGUCAAUACCACACUGCGUUGAAAAAAGCCCAUGUCCUCAACCACCUCAGAUAGAACAUGGAACCAUUAAAUCAUCUCAAUUUUCAGAAGAGAUGGACGAACCAUUGAAACCUGAGGUUUAUGUACAUGGCACCAAAUUAAAAUACACUUGCGAGGAUGGUUUCAGGAUAUCUGGAAAAGAUGAGAUAACGUGCCACAUGGGAAAAUGGAGUUCUCCACCUCGGUGUGUAGGACUUUCCUGUGCACCACCACACUUGAUUCCACAUGGUAUUCUAUCUCACAUAUCAGACAGUUACCAAUAUGGAGAAGAAGUAACGUACAAAUGCACCAAAGGUUUUGAGAUUAAUGGACCUGCAUUCAUAAGAUGUUUAGGAGGAAAAUGGUCCCAUCCACCAGAGUGCAAAAACACGGAUUGUUUUAGCUUACCCGACUUCGGUAAUGCCACACCCAUAGGCCAGAAGAAGACGUUAUAUAGGUCAGGAGAAAAAGUGACUUAUAAAUGUCCAAAUAAUUACCUUUUGGAUGGACCAAAUACUAUCCAGUGUAUUAACAGCCAAUGGAUAGGAAAGCCAAUAUGCAGAGAUAUUUCCUGUGGGAAUCCACCCAGAGUGAAAAAUGCUAUUAUACUGGAUGAGAUGUCUAAGUAUCUACCUGGUCAGAGGGCACGUUAUGAAUGCAUCAUACCUUUUUACCUGGUUGGGGGCAGAGAAGUGACAUGUUCAAAUGGGAACUGGACACAACCACCUCAGUGCCUAGACCCUAAAGAAAAAUGUGGGCCCCCUCCGGCUAUUGACAAUGGAGACAUGACCACAUUCCCAACAUCAGAAUAUGCUCCAGGGUCAUCUGUUGAGUACCAGUGCCAGUCCUUGUAUGUGCUUGAGGGAAACAAGGUCAUCACAUGCAGAUAUGGACAGUGGUCAGAACCGCCAAAGUGCUUGGAUGUUUGUAUGGUAUCACAAGAAACCAUGAGAAAACAUAACAUACAAUUAGGAUGGUCUUCUAAGAAAAAGAGAUAUUUCCAAACAAGGGAAACUGUUCAAUUUCAAUGUAAUCCUGGAUCUCGUAGACAGACAUCACAACAAACAUUCCGAGCAACCUGUUGGGACGGGAAACUGACCUAUCCUGUUUGUGUAUAAAAUAUGGUUAAGAUGCAGUCCUAAAAUUAAAACAUGUACAUUCAUUCAAAUUUUUCAUGCUUAUUUUGUCAGGUAUUGUUAAACUCCUUUAUAUUCAUAUCAGUGUUUGUGUUAAAUAUCUCAUGGAUGAUGUAAUUAUAAUCUGAGAAGUGAAUAAAUCACUUCUUAAAAGCACUUCAUUAAAACUUGGCAAACCAA